AACCCUAGGCUUAAAAUAAUAAUCUAGUCCAAUUCCAAAACUGACAAACACACUCUUGUCUAAAAUUUUCCCAAGCCAGCAUAGCUGAGUUGGAGGACCACGCGAUAAUGAAGAACGAUCCGUCGGUGAUGUUUUCUGCCAUCACUAGGGCAAGGGCCCUAUUAAGGAGCAGCGAGCCCAGCCUUCUCUCUCCAGCGGCACCCCAGGCAGUUUCUUUCUUAGAGGAAGCUGCUGAUCUCCUGGUUUUGAACAGGGACUUUGCUGCAGCUGUGGACAGAUGUGAGAAAGGCUUCCAGAGCCUUUUGGAAAAUGACGAUUCUGACCGAUCCAGCUCUGAAGAUUUGAAAUGCUCCUUAUGUGUUGUUGGCAUCCAAGCUUUGGCAGAGAUGGAUCGAUGGAGAGAAGUCCUCCCAUGGAUUCUUCAGUAUUACCAUAAACCUGAAUGUUGGCCUCCCAAAAUUCUGGAGCUCUGCAUCCUCCUUCAUAGCAAAGUGGAAGAACAUCAUGUGAUGUUAGAUGUUGGUGGGGAGUGGUUAUACUUCCCAUCCAAUCAGAACUUGCCAAGUUAUGGCCUCUUGGCUCAGCUUUAUCUCUCCCACGUGCUCUUGCCACUUGGGCACUUUUCAGAGGCAGAAGGGCUGAUCCAAGGUUGCAGAGCUUUGAGCCCGGAGCAGCAAGCAGACAUACACGGAAACCUUCAAGAGAAGAAGCAUCAGUGGCUUCAGAAAGAAGAAGCAUCUCUGAUUCCUGAGGAGCACCCAGAGAUGUCAUGGAAGCUGCUAUUGGGUUCGGCAUCUCAGAGGUUGUUGAACGUCUUGGUCCAGCUGAGAAGAGUGCUGGAGUCUCUGGCAAGCCAGUUCAGUUCCAUCCCCUUCAAAAAGACACUUCUGGUGGCUUUCAUGUUGUGGCUCAUUGUAGUGAGACUUGACCCAGCAUCUCCUUCUUCUCUACCCUUCGUCUAUAGGCUGACCCAACUUUUCUAUCAAGCCCGUCUGGCUUUAUCUUCUCCAAGCAGAAGUCCUCCUGUUGAAGACUAACUAGCUCUGUUGUCAUCACUGGAUACCAUGAAACAUUUCCAAGCCAGUUAAGGUGACCCAAUAGUUUGGGGACGAUGCUGAGCACAAAGCUACAGGAGUUUCCUCCAGGACUAAGAAUCUCUUCUGAAGAUGGAUGUAGCUGGAUGAAGUGCAAGCGUCAGUGUCAACUGGUGUCUCUUGUAUUGGAAUGUGCUGCUGUGCUCAUAAAGCCAUCCCUGUUUAGAAGCAUGUUCUGUUUAAGCCAGUGACAGUUGCUCCCAGGUAAAUAUUGAGAUCAAGGUGUGAGAGACUAUUACAGGGUUUUUUAAAAUCUUCACUUCCCCAAAGAGGCAUUAAACAUUUUCUGUCUGUGCCUGCCUCUCCUCUCCUGGUAUACAUGUGUCAUGCAGAAAUUCUGCCUCCAUUAAUCAGCCUUCUCUACCUGACUACUGACAUAUCUGGAGAGCAACUGGUUGGUACACACUCCACUUAAAAAUCAUGAGUAUUUUCGCUCAAGGGAGGAGGAGGUGUUCCAGAAGAAAAGCCAAAUCAAGUUUAGUGGUUUUCAGGGCCGCAACUAGGGUCUGUGUCACCCUGGGCAAACAUGGAUUCUGCACCCAUUUUGGCACACACACACCCAGCAUUCAUUGUGGCACCACACCAGCGCGGCGCCCGGGGCACAUGCCAUGGUUGCCCCCCCUAGUUGCGGCCCUCGUGGUUUUAACUUUUGUGGCUGAGCUGCCAAUGCAGCAAGCAAGGGAUGAAAUGGUUAAUCACCUUAAUCCUUAUCUUCCUUUCAUCCCUUCCCCCGUCAGAGCUCCCAGGCCUCUCUGUGGUGAGUUGACCAGCAUUUCUCAUCCUUGGCAGCUUGAAGAUGUAUGGACUUCAAUUCCCAGAGUUUCCCAGCCAGCCAUGUUGGGAGUUGGGAAUUCUAGGAGCUGAAGUCCACACAUCUUCAAGCUGCCAAGGUUGAGAAACACUGGGGUAGACACUGCUUUUCCUGACUUGGCAGUGAAGUCCUUGCCAAUGAGCAAUAGCAGACUCUUGUGCUCUUCCUUCUGUGCAGGUCCUUAUCUAAGGAAGAGAUGCUUUUAGCAACUUGUUCGCUCAUUAUUUUGUAAGCGUUAGGGGUGAUAAAGAGGAACCGUUUUUAGCGUGGGAGAAGUUUGUAAAUGAUAUUAGGAUGUUUAAAGCAGUUGUUAUCUCUGUUUACUAUA